AUGGAACAGUGGAAUAAAGGAGUGAUGGCGUUCAUUGGUCCAGAAGAUAGCUGCGAAACUGAAGCAAUGAUUGCUGCGGCACAGAACUUGCCGAUGAUUUCAUUCAAGUGCUUCGACCACUCAGUGUCAGACAAAAGUAGGUACAGCACGUUUGCUCGGACAGUGCCAGCUGAGAGUCAGGUGAGCAAGGCGGCCAUCGCUUUGCUUAAACACUAUAACUGGCGGAAGUUCUCCAUCGUGUACGGAAUGAAUACUGUUAAUACCCAUCUGUUGAAAGCAAUAGAGGAUUUGAGCGAUAUGGAGGAUCUCAAAAUCCAGAACGUAAGCGGCUUCAUGGAGCCGUAUGUUUCAUUGAACACAGAGGAAAGAAAGCGAAUAAGAGCGAUAAUUGCAGAGACAUUAUACGUAUUUUUUGGAAGCGUGAGUGCACUUCAGGAUGUUCUCUAUACAAUGGAUGAUUUGGAACUAAUGAAAGAGGGGGAGUACGUUGUGAUUUAUUUGGAGCCAUCAUACACUUACCUUAAUGCCGAUGAUGCGAUGAUGAACUAUUUCUAUCGAUCCACACUCUACACAGUGGAAGAAUUUCAUAAUUUCCCCUUUGUCAAUCGAAUCGUAGAUUUGAGUAGAAGCUUGUUGGCGAUCAUUCCAAGUCCGGUAUCUUUCACCAAUCCUGAAUGGCGCCAUUUUUGGCGAAUGGUUACCGAAUACAACGCCCAACCACCUUUCAACUUUUUCAACCCCGCGAGCACUACCCGAUUGUUGAAGUAUGGAGUGGCCAAUCGGUAUGCCAGUUACCUCUACGAUGCAGUGAUGUUGUAUGCGACAGCGUUACACGAAGUAAUUCAAGAAAAUGGCAGUAUCCAGGGCUUUGAAAUGCAGAUCGACGAGAAAGGUGACGCAGAGGGCAAUUUUACGCUGUUGACCAGGCAACAUUUACCUGAGAGCAAAUUCAAUUUGACAUAUGGUCUGGUGCCGAGCGGCUAUUUUAUCGAGAAAAAUGAUACGCUUCCGGGUCUGAUGUUCAAAAGUAACCUAAUAGUUGAUUGGCCAGGAGGAAAACCGCCAGAGGAUGAACCAGAAUGCGGGUUUAACGGCGAGUAUUGCAUUGAACAGCCAAGUUACGGUGUUGAAAUCGUUUGUGGAGCCGUUGGAGUUGUUUUAAUGAUUUUAUCAGUUGUUAGCUUCAUUUACUACAGGAAUCGAAAAUACGAGCAAGAGUUGGCUGGGCUGAUCUGGAAAAUUAAUCCAAAAGAAAUACAGUUUCAUCCUUGCACUGGUUACGAUAUGCUCUCCAAUAGCAAGACAACAUUGUGCAGUCAAGAUUCCACUGAAUUUGCCGCAUGGCCAGUGGAUCCGCAUGGUUUGGGCGUUUAUCGUGGCUCCCUGGUUGCAAUCAAGGAAAUUCGAUAUGCAAAGAGAACCCGAGAAAUUUCGCGAGCCACAAAGAUCGAGAUGAAAAAGAUGCGUGGCCUCCAUCAUGACAAUGUCAAUCGUUUUCUUGGCAUCAUUAUCCAAUCCAAUUUCGUUUGUGUUGUUCGCGAGUAUUGUGCUAAGGGCAGUUUGUUCGACGUGCUGCUAAAUGAAAACGUCCGAUUAGACAGCUUGUUCAUUGCCUCAUUUAUUGACGACCUUCUGAAGGUAUCUGAUUUUGGUCUCAGCGAACUGCGGGAAGGUCAAGUGUUCGGCGGCUCAAACGAAGGAAAAUAUUUCGGCAUGUUGUGGACGGCACCUGAGCAUCUCCUGGAAAAUCCGGAACAGCCCGUGAGAGGAAGUCAAAAAGGAGACGUUUACUCCUUUGCUAUCAUCCUGCACGAGAUCUUUAGCCGCAACGGCCCAUUCGGCAUCUACUAUGAUGACUCUUCUGAUCCUGAAGGCACAUCGAUUAAUACUGUCGUAAGCUUUGAUUUAUCUACUCCUUGUUUAGAGAUAGUAAACUCGGUAAUGAACAGCAAUGGAUAUUGCAGACCAAGUCUUCACAAUGUCGUAGCCGACAAGUACAUACUGGACUGUAUGGUUAGCUGUUGGGAUGAACGGCCAGAAACGCGACCAGACUUCCACCAGAUUCGCACUCGUUUGAAGCCACUUUUUAAAGGCAUCCUGAAAAGAAAUAUAAUGGAUCAUAUGAUGGCUAUGAUGGAGAAGUACCAAACGCAUUUAGAGGAACUAGUUGAAGAGAGAACUGAAGAACUGAAAGAAGAAAAGAAACGUACAGAGAUACUUCUUCAUCGCAUGCUUCCGAAGGUUGUCGCAGCACAGCUUAUGUCUGGAAAAGACGUCAUACCGGAAACGUUUGAUUCUGUGACUAUUUAUUUUUCAGACAUUGUCGGUUUCACUGCUCUAUCGGCAGAAAGCACUCCUGUGCAGGUUAUCCCAUCCAUUUCAUUGGCUGUUUCUAAAGCAUUCUUUCAGGUUGUGGCAUUUCUUAACGCUCUGUAUACAUUAUUCGAUCGAAUCAUUCGGCAGUACGACGUCUACAAAGUCGAAACGAUAGGUGAUGCUUAUAUGGUGGUCAGUGGUCUUCCUGUAAGAAACGGCGAUCAGCAUGCCGGUGAGAUCGCCACAAUGGCUUUACGCCUUCUGGAAGGCGUGAAAUCAUUCAAAAUUCCGCAUAAGCCUGAUAAGCCCUGUUUGUUACGUAUUGGAGUACACACAGGUCCUUGUGCUGCCGGCGUAGUUGGAAAAACAAUGCCCCGCUACUGCCUUUUCGGAGACACUGUAAAUACAGCCAGCAGAAUGGAAUCCAAUGGAAUGCGUAAGUUUGUAGCAAUGAAUUGUAAUGAGCUGAAUCGACAUUUCAUAUAUUGCAAGUUCCUAAUAAACAGUAUACAUGAAUGA